AUGCCUCCGCACCGAAAAAGGGGCAGACCGCCAAACGCAUUCUACGAGCAGCGGGGACUCACGCCUCCGUCCCGCCAGUCGCAUAACAAAGAACAGCCCCCUCCGCCUCCUCGCGAACCGCAGCCCCCCGUCAACAUAUUCUCGCAUCCUAUAUACAGUCUGCCUAUUCCUCCGCCCAAUUCUGUGGAAUCGCAGCUUCUGAACGACGAAGUGGACGUUUUCUCGUUCAGACAGUCUGCGGCAUUCAAGUUCAAGCUAAGUAACGAGCUGUUGGAAAACGUGGUGAGCAAGUUUGUGCCGUUUACCAGAAUCGUUCCUCCCUCCUCGUUUCCCGUGUGUCUCGUAAACGGCAAACCCGUCGACGCCGAGAACGCGCCUUCUGAGGAGGAGAUCAAGCAGAGCCUCGAAAAGCCAACGGCUGCCGACAGCCAUUGUGGAGAUUUGCGAGUCAUGAAAUUGAAGCAAGAGCAUCAGAGGAAACUUAUUGAACAACUAGAGUCCGAAACGAUCGAUGAGAAUAUUGACGACAAGUUUGCUUACGAGACGGAGAAAAUUGGUUUGUUAUCUGAUACCUUCCAGGAAUACGACGUGACAAAGCUGGACCAUUUCAUAUCCAUGGUGGAUAGUAUAACGGACGACCUCAAGGCCAAAUUCAGCAUUAGUAUACAGGAUGACGAAUUGUUCAAAAAACGUCAGCUAAACUUUGAGCAGCGCAAGUGCACCUUGGAGGAAUACCAUCAGGCAAGAGAGCUCAUACUCAGGCGCAGAAAAGAGGCAGAGGAUCGCAAGCUUCGGCUAGAACAAGAACUUGCGGAAAAGAAGAGACAGGAAGAGGAACUCAUGCAGAAACAGCGUCAGGAGGAAGAGCAGCGCCGAGCGCAAGAAGCUCAGAACAGACGCACGGAGGAGAUCUCUGCGAUGUCCGUUCCAAAUGCGACUCCGGCACAGCAGGAAAUGCUGGGAGAAGCUCAUUUCGACGAUCCGUUCAGUGCAAGUGCCCAGAACGGCAAUUUCGAGUUUGACAAUAACUUAUUGUACGCGGGUUCGGAUGAUCUGAUUAUUGGCGACGAUGGCGCAUUUGGAGCACUUGACGACCAGGUGUUCCUCGACAACCUCCACGGAAACUUGGAAUGA